AUGGAAUCCAAUCCUGAAACUGUUCCCUCUGCAGGCUAUGAGACCGCACUUUACGUUAUCCGGCAAGAACUGAACAGAAUUACGGCUAUCCAUGUGGGAAACACACAUGUGAUGGCAGCUGUGGAUGAAAAAAUUGGCAACUUGGACCACCGAAUCGAAGCUGCGCUUAAAACCAUUGCCGAGCUUAAGAAUACCGGCCACGAUGCGUCCCAAAGUCAGGGGUUAACCAUCAUGUGCGAGAUCAUGGGUAUCGCAGGUGAUAUGGAGUUGAUCAUUAAGGAGCUUGAUGAGGCCCUUGAGGCCAUAGGAAAUCCACCAGCAGAAAAAGCUUAG